AUGCAUCCGACAAUCUUCCUUACUUCCUUAGUAGGACUCGCUGCAGCUGCUCCCCUUGCAUCGCAGAGUGCCUCGGACUGCAGCAACGGCCCAAAGUCAACUGUUACGGUCACUGUGACUCCGUCAUCAAGCACAUGCGGAACGACUAAAACCAGUUCGAAGCACACAACACACAGCACAGUCCCCUCGAGUAGCCACCAUUCAUCCAUUCAUUCUUCGAGUACUCGCUCUGGUAGCGUGCACUCAUCCAUUCAUUCAACAUCAUUAACAAGCAGCCACCACUCAACUCCCUCCCCCGCUACUCCAUGGAGUAGCCACCUGUCAUCCUCCGUGCACUCGAGCACAUCCUCAUCUCACUGGUCGCGCCCAACUUCUUCCUCCAUCAAGGGUUCCUCCAGCUCGGUUCACCCAUCGUCGUCUGCUGCUUCUAGCAAGAUCUCUUCCGCUAGCAGCUCCGUCAAGCCUACGAUUCCGAGUAGCUCUAGCGAGAUUUACUCAAGAUCAGCGCAUCCAUCCUCGUCUGCGAGCUCCAGCAAAAUUCCUUCGAGCUCAGUGCACCCAGCCUCAUCCCGCAGCUAUAGUAGCUCGAUUGAGACUCCUUUCAGCAGCUCCAUGCACCCAUCUUCGUCGAGUAGCUCGGUCAAAGCUCCUGCUUCCACCAGUUCGGUACACCUAUCCUCAUCUGCCAGCUCAGUCCAGUUCUCUUCCUCCAGCUCGGUCAAGACCGCUUCCUCCAGCAGCUGGGAGCGUCCUUCCUCAUCCCCUUCAAGCAAAGUUUCUUCAACUAGCAAGGUCACCUCUUCUAGCCAAACAAUCUCUUCGAGCUCUGCACACCCAAUUUCAUCUUCGUCAAGCAAUAUCUCGCCUUUGAGCUCAGCAACUAGCGUUUCAUUAAGUGUCGAAUCACCGGUCAGCUCCCAUUCCAGCUCAAGCACUCCUUCAAGCGUGCACUCGGCUUCUCCCUCAAGCAGCAGCCACUCUACCAGUGUAUCAAGCAGCCCAUUAAGCAAUGCGACGACUCUUUUGCCUAACAGUAGCCACUCGAGCCUCUCAUCAAGCAGCAAACCGGCCUCGUCAUCGAGCUCCUCCAUUAGCAUUCACUCGAUUGUGCCAUCAACGAGCUUCUCAAGCGCUUACUCAACUGGUCCAUCGAGCUCCUUCAGCAGCAUCCACUCGAUUGUGCCAUCAACAAGCUCCUCAAGCGCUCAAUCGACUGGUCCAUCGAGCUCCUUCAGCAGCAUCCACUCGAUUGUGCCAUCAAUAAGCUCCUCAAGCGCUCAAUCGACUGGUCCAUCGAGCUCCUUCAGCAGCAGCCACUCGACUGUGUCAUCAACGGGCUCCUCAAGCGCUCAAUCGACUGGUCCAUCGAGCUCCUUCAGCAGCAGCCACUCGACUGUGUCAUCAACGGGCUCCUCAAGCGCUCAAUCGACUGGUCCAUCGAGCUCCUUCAGCAGCAUCCACUCGAUUGUGCCAUCAACAAGCUCCUCAAGCGCUCAAUCGACUGGUCCAUCGAGCUCCUUCAGCAGCAUCCACUCGACUGUGUCAUCAACGGGCUCCUCAAGCGCUCACUCGACUAUUCCAUCGAGUUCCUCCAGCUCUAGCACUGCGUCUUUCACCUGCACUGCCUCCCCGGCCGCCCAAACCGGCUUCACAGGCCCAACCAAGCUCAACGGUGCAAUCCAAGCACCUGAUGGAUCCACCUACUUGACUGUGCACUUCCAAGCUGGCAACACCCUUGAUACCGCUUUCUGUGCUGAACAAUGCCUAGGAGAUGCCGCUGCCGGAUGUAAAUUCUUCAAUGCUUACUUGGGCUACACCAACGGUCAGAUCGAUGGUACCCACUGCGCUGAGUACACCACCACAUAUGGCUCUCCAUAUGACACCAAUGUUGGACAAUAUCAAGGCAACACAUACUAUAGUGUCGGUUGCAGCUAUGGAUACAGCUUAGUUUCGAGCUCUAGCUCUUCGUCUGUUGUUUCAUCAACCUCGUCAAAAACUAGCUCAGCCAGCACCAUCCAAAGCUCGAUUGUGUCGUCCACCUCCAGCGCACCUCGAAGCUCCGUGACAUCUUCAGGCCCCAGCUCUUCUCAGACGACGGCUGUCCCUUCCAGCUCUUCUCAGACGACGGCUGUCCCUUUCCAGCUCUUCUCAGACGACGGCUGUCCCUUCCAGCUCUUCUCAGACGACGGCUGUCCCUUCCAGCUCUUCUCAGACGACGGCUGUCCCUUCCAGCUCUUCUCAGACGACGGCUGUCCCUUCCAGCUCUUCUCAGACGACGGCUGUCCCUUCCAGCUCUUCUCAGACGACGGCUGUCCCUUCCAGCUCUUCUCAGACGACGGCUGUCCCUUCCAGCUCUUCUCAGACGAUGGCUGUCCCUUCCAGCUCUUCUCAGACGAUGGCUGUCCCUUCCAGCUCCAACGCGCCCUCGAGCUCUGA